AUGGCUUCCCACACAGCCCGCCAUCCCGCCAGAAUCUGUUGCCUUCUGCAAGAUGGGGUUAGUAGUCAGGGUAUCCUAUUGGCCUCAGGGGAAUCAACAGCUGGUUCGCUGUCUGUUGGCGAGUUCACCGGCCUAUCCUUGGGAGCUCCGUUCUUCGUGCCACGGCAUUGGCUUGUAUGUUUCACAACGCUACUACCUCCUCAUUUCGACCAACAAUCAGCCACGUCGCGCCAACCGGGGAGAAUGAUCAGCCUGGAGUUGACAACUCAUCAUGUUAUUCGUGGACAAGUUCUGCAUAGCCAGCAGAAGAAUGCGUUGUCGCCGGUCCUGAUUUGGAGGACGGUGCCCGUGGUCCUGAAUUGGAAUAAUGUCGCAUACCCUGAUAUACCCCGGCUGGAAACCCCCUUCUUCAAGAAUGACCGUUUCGCUCCCAUCUCUUAUCGGCGGCAACAGCAAGAUUUAUACCUUUCUCUUUUCGAUAGAGGAGGGAAGGGCAGGGAAGAGAAAUUCGGCCUUGACCGUAUCAAACAACCGUACGUGAGCAGACAAGGAUACCCAGAUCCAGCUUCCCUCCUGCAAGUACAUCCUUCCAUGAGUGGUAGUUGGGAUACUAAGAGCGGCCGACCUGGAAGCAGCAGCACCGAGAUAUCCAACGGUAGCUACAGUGCCUCGAUUCAGCCACAACGGCAGCGAUCUCCGAAACGUGUUGCUAUGUCGCAGCCGAACCCUAGUCACACCAUCCCCGUAGGUACGAAUCGUAGGCCAUCGAAAAACAAGGCCCAAACGCCGUCCCUGUACCCAAGGAGUCAAAUGCCUCCGUCGUUGCAAGCGGCUAUAGAGCCGACUAUUUUCUCAUCAAAUGGCGCUCCAAGAUCCAUCCCAGCUGCGGGAAAUUCCAGCGCUUCCACUUGCUAUGGGUCCUCGAGGCUCCACCCUACCAACCCAGUCAAUGGGGCCGCUUCCUUUUCAAGUGGUAUCCAGGAUCCUGGUAGCUUCACUGUGAGCCCCACAGACAUGACAUAUUUCUCGUACGUCCCAAGUCUCCAGGCCCAAGGAAAUGGGAACUCAGCUUCCCCAGCCUCCACACCGGCUUCCCCCCCCAUGGAGUGUGGAUGGAUGACGAGUAGCUCUUCAUAUCAGUCCGCCAAUGUGACUGCGGCAUGCACCACUCAAGGAAUGUCUGGGAUUUAUAUGCCGCCAGUCUCAAUGCCGCCUACUGGCGGCUUUCAUUACGCUAUAUCGUCAAACGACUCCGGGUACGAGGCACUCAGGAUAUGCCCAAUCCAAUGCGCCAAUAUUGACACACAGAGCAGGGCUGUUACCGGGGAAAAUUUUACAGCCACACAACCAGAUCAUUGGGGCGGGGAAGCCAUGUCCUUUCAUCAAGGAGAUAAUGAUAGCCGCUCGGUGGCGACGAAUGGCUUCGGUAAUAAUGGAGCAAUCUCCGAAACGCCCUCUGUCGCCAGUGUAUCUUGCUCGAAGUGUACCCAAGUCUUUACCGGACAAUGGGCCCAACGAAAUUUGACUCGACACAGGGAAGGGAAGCACUCUUCUACCGUGGUGUUGCACUGCGGGGUUUGCCUCAAGGAAUAUCAUAGGAAGGGUAAGUUGUAUCAAGGAAAUGUACCGAUUGAGCAUGAGCGAGAUCGCCACCCAGAGCUUAGGAGGGCUCCUCCAAUCCCUCGAAAGAAAUCCCAUGAUUCCGUGGAUCAUGACAUGAAUGAUAUCCAGGGGGAAGGGGGUAAGGUCGAGUCUGAAGAUGCACCUUGGUAUGUAGCGGCCAAUGUGUGCACUGGUAGUAAUAGUACUUUCCUUUGUGGUAUUAAUACACUACUUUUGUUCGUUUCUUAUGUCAACCUUUUCUUCCUCUUUGUCGGCGUUGUGAAGUCAAAACAAGGUUGCCGCUACGCAGCCACCAACCAGGAGAACGCGUCAAUCGCGUGCGAAAUGGAUGUCGUUAACUUCGGUCUUGAGAGUUUGAAAGGUUACGACCCGUUCCUCGCGACUCCCACUUCACUGAAUGACCUGUUUCGUUCGAAGCCGGCAGAAUACUAUGGCCGAGGUUGGAAGCAGGCAUCAUCAUGGAACAUUGUUGGCCAGAGUACUUGUCCACUCAGCUCCGGCCACGACUGUAAUCCCGUUCAGUCGGGCCGAAACCCGCAAACGCAAGGCCCUAUGCAUGCGCAUGCGCAUGAAUUUGCUAUUCAAGUCGGGCGAAUUCGAUGGAGGUCUUCACUUAAAGGCUAUCGUGUUCUGGAUAUUGAAGUCCCUGUACUGAGCGGGCAUCAGGUCAAUUAUUGCAUGUCACAUAAUUGGUUGAUGGCAAAGGGCGGUAUGAGGAUGAUUGCGCUAUCAUAUUUGGGACCGAAGGAUAACAUUGCUUUCGGAAAAAAAAUUAUCCAGGGCCGAUUGAAUGAGGCUCGCCUUUUGCUGGAGACCGGGGGUGUUAAUAUGAGACCUGGCUUCUGGGAUCAGGCAUUUCUUGAAGAUGACAAUUUUGGUAAUCCGAAGAUUCAGCCCUGA